UCCACCCGGAAGUUGUGUCAUCCGUUGAUGGCUGCGCUGUGGUAGAGCACGCUCCUUUGCCGCUCGUCCUUUGCUCGCGUGGCUGGCAUCAUGGGGAAGUCGCGGCGGAGAAUCGCUCUGGGCCUGAGACCUUCCGCAGCACGCGAAGAAAAGAUCGAGGAACCGGCGCCGGGAGCCCUGUGCGUCACGGAGGAGGCAGACGAUUUCCACGAGCGGCGGCUUGAGGAGGCGGUGCUGGCGGCGCUGGGCAGCGACGAGGAGGAGGAAAGUGAGGAAGAGGAGGAGGUGCUGGGACUGGAACUCGCUGAAGAGGAUGAGACAGAUGAGGAUGAGGAAGGAGAAAAUGAGGAAGGGGGUGAUGAUGAUAACGAUGACGAACCCCCAGACAUGGACAGUGACCUGGAAGAGAAGCGAGUUAGCAGUGGGGGCUCUGGCCUCCCCGAUGAGCUUGCUUGGGGUCAACGGAAGCAACUCUAUUACGGCACUGAUUAUGGCAAGGCUCCCACUCGAUCCAAAGCUGGCAAGAAGAGCCGGGAGGAAACUGAAGCUGAAGAGCUGGAAGAAGAGGAGGAGGCCCAGGCCAUUCAGAAACGGCUGGCACAAAACUUGGGUGAAGAUGACUAUGGCCUGGAUCUGCUGCAGGGUUACACCAGGACAGCAGAACAGCCCAGCGAAAAAGAUUCUGGAAAAAAAAUUGCCAAAGACUUGCAGUCUCUUUCCAAAAAGGAGCAGCUGAAGUUGUUGAAAAAAGAAUCUCCUGAGUUGCUGGAGCUGAUUCAGGACUUUGAAGCCAAGGUGACUGAGCUCAGAGAUGAGCUGGAGCCACUUAUGCAGAUGGUAAGAAAGGGGGUCAUCCCACAAGGAAAAGGCAGCCAGUACUUGCAGACCAAGUACCAUCUCUAUUUGAACUAUUGCUGUAAUAUCAGUUUUUAUCUCGUGCUGAAAGCAAAACGGAUUCCAGUUCAUGGACACCCUGUCAUUGAAAGACUUUUGACAUACAGAAAUUUAAUCAAUGACUUAGGAGUAGUCGACGAAAAAUUGUCACCUGAGGUUCGUCUGCUCCUUAAUGAAUUUAAUAGUAAUGAUAGCGAUGGGAUUGAAGGUAAAAAGAAGUCCAGAGUGUCUGUGAGAAAUCUUGUUAAUAAAAGAAAACCUAAAACAAUUUAUAAGAUUCCAAAUGGUGAUGCUGAUGAAGAACCCACAGAUGAUUCUGAUUUAGACGAGGAGGCUGCUCUGAAUUAUUACAAGGAGAUGGAAGAAAAGAUAAAACUUGAGAAAAAGAAGAAACGAGAAAAAAUGGAAGAUGUGGAAACACUGAUUCCAGAAGAGGAAAUACCAGGUCAAAAGAGGGGUGCAACAUAUCAGAUUGUCAAGAAUAAAGGCCUCACACCCAAAAGGAAGAAGAUUGAUCGUAAUCCAAGAGUCAAGCAUCGUGAGAAGUUCAGACGAGCUAAGAUACGUAGGAAGGGGCAAGUUCGUGAGGUCCGCACAGAAGAACAAAGAUACGGAGGCGAACUGUCUGGCAUUCGUGCUGGGGUUAAGAAAAGCAUUAAACUUAAGUGAUUCUUUGCAUUUUUAAACAGGUUAAUGUGAUUUUAAUAAAUAUCAUUUUUAAAAAA